CUGAAGAACAAGUUCAUGAAGAAGAUUCCUCGUGAUGCCGAAGCUUCAAAUGUCCUGGUGGGUGAGGUGGACUUUCUGGACAAACCCUUCGUGUCCUUCGUCCGUCUGGCUCAGGCUACGACUCUGGGAGGCCUCACGGAGGUCCCUGUGCCCACCAGGUUCCUCUUCAUCCUGCUGGGCCCUCACGGCAAAACCAAGGCUUACAACGAGAUAGGCCGAGCGAUCGCUACGCUAAUGACGGACGAUCUGUUCAGCGAUGUGGCGUACAAAGCCAGGGACCGAGAGGACCUGAUAGCCGGAGUGGACGAGUUUCUGGACGAGGUGAUCGUGCUUCCUCCGGGGGAAUGGGACCCCAAGAUACGCAUCGAGCCUCCGAAGAAGGUUCCCUCGGCGGAGAUGAGGCGAGUAACUUCAAGGACGAAAUUCUUCAGAGAAACUGAUCAAUGCUUCAUGGACAAA